GCUCCGCUCGAGGAAGAAGAAGGUGACGCAGCACCUUCUUGUUUGCAUUAGAAGGCGAAGAGGAAGGAAGAAGCGAUAAAGGGGCGCGAAGGCGAUGGUGACGAUGGGCGAGGCAUGGGGGUUUCUGCUGCCGCUGGCGGCCCUAGCGGCGGCGCUCUCGGCGGCCUUCGGCGGCGUGCGGAGACUGCACGCGUGGGCCUGGGAGCGCCGCCUCGGGGCUGUGGCUCGUAGCCACCUGCCGCCGGGUGACAUGGGCUGGCCGUUCGUCGGCAACAUGCUGGCCUUCCUCCGCGCUUUCAAAUCCUCCGACCCCGAUGCCUUCAUCGCCUCCUUCUUCCGCCGAUAUGGCGGCACUGGAAUGUACAAGGCCUUCAUGUUUGGAAGCCCGACAAUCAUGGUCACAGCUCCGGAAUUGUGCAAACAGAUCUUAAUGGAUGAUGAUCACUUUGUGCCUGGAUGGCCUAAAGCGACAAAUGAGCUUGUCGGAGAGAAAUCGUUCAUAGCCAUCAGUGUCGAAGAACACAAGCGAUUAAGAAGACUCACAGCCAGCACUAUAAAUGGUUAUGAAGCACUUAGUACCUAUCUCCAGUUCAUAGAAAAGACUGUUGCAUUGACUUUGGAAAGGUGGGCCAGUAAGGGAUCGAUCGAGUUCCUUACCGAGCUUCGGAGGUUGACAUUUAGAAUCAUUAUGAAAAUAUUUCUGUGCUCGGAAGAUGAGAUUCUUAUCGAAUCAUUGGAAAGAGUUUACACUGACCUGAAUUAUGGAAUGAGAGCUAUGGCUAUCAACAUCCCUGGAUUUGCUUACCACAGAGCAUUGAAGGCCAGAAGAACACUGGUGGCAAUUCUUCAGAGUGUGCUCAACGAAAGAAAGGCUAUGAGGAGAACUAACCUCAGUCCAACAAAAAAUGACAUGAUGGACAGGCUAAUGGAAGUUGAAGAUGCAAAUGGUAGAAAAUUGUGCGACGAAGAGAUCAUCGAUGUACUAAUUAUGUACCUCAAUGCUGGCCAUGAAUCAUCCGGGCAUAUAACCAUGUGGGCAACUGUGUUUCUUCAAGAACAUCCAGAUGUUUUCGAGAAAGCAAAGUUAGAGCAAGACGAAAUACGAAGAAAUAGGCCACCUAUGCAAAAAGGCCUAACAAUGAAGGAGGUCAGGAAGAUGGAGUACCUUUCGAAGGUCAUCGAUGAGACGUUACGCAUCGUUAACAUCUCAUUUGUGUCUUUCCGGCAAGCAACAAAAGACAUAUAUCUCAAUGCCUACUUGAUACCGAAGGGAUGGAAAAUUCAGCUAUGGUAUCGAAAUGUUAACUUGGAUCCUCAAUCCUACCCUGAGCCUAAGAAGUUCAACCCAUCUAGAUGGGAUGAUUUUGUACCGAAAGCAGGGAGUUUUCUUCCCUUUGGAGCAGGAAGCAGGUUGUGCCCGGGCAACGAUCUUGCCAAGCUAGAGAUAUCAGUUUUCCUGCACCAUUUCCUUCUAGACUAUCAGCUUGUAAGGCUAAAUCCGAACUGCCAAGUUCGAUACUUGCCGCAUCCUCGUCCAGUCGAUAACUGUAUUGCGAGAAUUAUAAGGAUCAACUGAAUGUUACUGCUCUUUAUGUACUAUCUCGAAGCUAAGAAUAAUGUGAAAAUAUGUCACUGUCGAAUAAAGCUUCAAAUCUACUAGUGAA